AUGUAUCAAUCAGCACAAGGCGGGUAUCCUCAAGAGGGCUACCCACAAGGCGGCUACCCACAAGCUGGCUACCCACAAGGAGGCUACCCACCGGGAGCAUACCCACCGGGAGCAUACCCACCGGGAGCAUACCCACAGGCUGGCUACCCUCAAGCAGGAUAUCCGGCACCGAAGCCUGGCGUCCAACCUGGUUAUGGAGCAGGAUUUGGCGAACCGGCUGGUUAUCCGGCUCCAGGAGCGGGCUCCCUGGGUGAGGAUGCGGACGUCAAGGGAUUUGACUUCACAGAGCAGAGCAUACGGAAGGCAUUUGUACGAAAGGUCUACGCUAUCCUAAUGGCUCAACUAGUGGUGACACUGUCUUUCAUUACUCUUCUCACAUACCAUCAGCCCACGCAGCUAUGGGUGCGUAGGAACCCUUAUUUGUUCUGGAUAGCUUUUGUAGCAGUGAUAGUGUGUCUCAUCGUUAUGUCGUGUUGCGGCAACGUUCGUCGCCAGGCACCCAGUAAUUUCAUCUUCCUCGGCAUUUUCACCGUCGCUGAGAGUUUCCUGCUCGGUGUGACCAGCAGCAUGUAUGAUAGCUCCGCGGUGAUGAUGGCAGUGGGAAUAACGGCCGCCAUUUGCCUAACCCUGACAUUAUUUGCGACGCAGACCAAGUACGACUUCACCGCGAUGGGCGGGGCUUUGCUCUGUGCCACUGUUGUGCUGUUACUAUUUGGCCUGAUAGCGUUGUUCAUCCCGGCCAAUAAAAUAGUGACCCUAGUGUACGCCUCUUUGGGUGCUCUGCUCUUUUCCCUGUACCUCAUCUAUGACACUCAGCUAAUGUUGGGCGGCAAGCACAAGUACAGCAUUUCGCCUGAGGACAAGCCGGGACUAAGCCAGAGCAGCUUAGAUAUACUGCAGCUAAAUGUAUACUGUGCGAGACUGACUGUCCAAGAGCACUAUACCAAUUUAAGUUUAUUUUCUUUUCGUUAUCCAUCUACUAUUUAUGGACAGUCGGAGGCAAAGAUGUAG